GAAAAAUUGUAGAAUUCCAUUCAUUCAUUCAUUCAUGUCUCAUAUCUAUCAUUCCAACCAUGAUCCAUGGCCAUGUUCAUCAAUCAGCACCCAGGUAUUUAGAUCACUGGUCUGCAUGAAUUUUCAAUCAUAUCUUCAUGUCCUCCCUUAUCAAAUCUCUCUUCUCUUCUCUCCCCGCUUUGUUCCAUUGUUCAACUCCUCCCAAGUGAACCAUUGCAUAUACCAUGCCAAUACCGAUGAUUCUUAUCCAUUCAUGCACUCUCGCAAACAAAUGCCUCAAAAGAACUCAAAUCAAAUCAAACCAUCUCAACUCAUCCUGUCCCCAUAUGUAAUCCAUCAAUUUCACCCUUCCGCCCCCAUCCGCCACUCACUUAUCGCGAGCAUUGCACAGUAGCGAUGUUAUGUGUGUAUCAAUACCCAAUCCACCCAAUCCAUCCAAUCAGAGAUACCAUCCAAUCAUAAAACUACAACAACGAUGAAUAACUAACUCGAUCAAAUGCAAUAGCAAAUUCCAGACUCUUGCAGCAAAAUAUCGAGGAAAAAGCCAAAAACGAAAGACA